UUUACACAUGUGUUUAAAAUUAGCCAGAAGUAGUUACAAUAUGGCAUGCUUGGUCGUUUCUCUUAUCAUUUGGUAUUCACCUUGAUAGUUUAAAGCUGCUGUGAUUUAGCCUCUGUAAUGGCUGUUUAUUGCUGUCAACUAUCACUGAGUUAUUCUUUAAGGCCAACUUGUUUGUGACCGUGAUGCACGUCAGGCCCUGGAUGGCUGCAGGCAGGGCCUUCAUGUUUAAUUAUUUCCUCAGAAAGGAGAGCAAAAAACACGCGAACUCCCACCUGAGCGCUUCUCUGGAUCACUACAGCAGAACUUCCGUGCCAAAAUGACCCAGAUUGGUCUUCGCGUUGAUCUGUAAUCGCAGCCAUUAGUCACUUGUUUGGGGUGAAAGGUCAGGGCCCUGUUAAAAGAAUUACAUUGACGCUACUUCCGUGAUUCUUCCCAGCUCGGCUGGCCAGCAGGGGUACCACCACGGGAGACGUUGGCAUGUUUCGUUGUUGUGAAAGUGAAGAAACGUGUGUGUUAGCAACUACCUGUGAGCACUGAUGCCAAAACUCCCCAUACGUUUUGGUGCUUUACAUUUGAUAAAGCAGGGUGUGCUUAGGGGCGGGGUAUCGCUGCAUUAAGUGCCCCCCUUUUGUCCAGAGGUGUCCACCAGUUAAAGGGAUCUUUCGGAUUUUUUGACAUGAAGUUGUAUGACAUCCUCAUCAGCAGUUGAGUGCAUCAACAGUGACUUACUCCCCCAGUUGGUGCCGUGAGCCCAAUUCUGGUGGAGAUCUGUGACAAGGAACGUAGUUCUGCUUAGUUGCUGGGACCCUUUAAGUAAAGUGUUUGGCCUUUCAAAACAAUAUGCGUUCAAAAGAAUAAUAGAAUUGCAUCACAAAUAUGCCUCCUCAAAAAAAUCAGACCUCACAAAAUUGCCCAGAGUUAUAUUUGUCUCCUUCCGUAGGACCUGUCGACGGAAGUGUCGCCUGUCCAUUCUUGUGUAUGUGAUGAAGAUGCCAGCAUCUUCUUCCACUGUGGAACACCCACGUAAACAAGACGGCCGCGGCGCUCCAUCGUGGACAAAGAUGAGUGUAUUCAUCACAUACACAAGAAUGCACAGGCAACAGUGCACAGGGAUACGGCGGGAGACAUAUAACUCUGAGUGAUUUGAGAGGUCUGAUUUUGAGGAGGCAUUUUUGUGAUGCCAAUGUAUUACUCCUUUUUACGCAUAUUGUUUUUAAAAAGCCAAACUGUCUACUUAAAUGUCCCAGCAACUAAGCGGAACUAUGUUCCUCAUCGUGGCUCUCUGACCAGAACUGGACUCACAGGACCAAUUGGGUGGAGUGCGAGCGUAUCAUCCCAGCAGAGAAACUGAGGUGUCGUUGAAUCCACAGAAGAAAGUGCCAACAGAGGAACAGGAUGCCCAUUCCUCCCCCUCCCCCGCCUCCCCCGGGACCCCCACCACCCCCCACCUUCAAUCAGGCAAACACCACUCCUCCCAAGCUGAGCUCAUCCGAAGCCAAAGGCAGAGGAGCGCUGCUGUCUGACAUCUGCAAAGGCACCAAGCUGAAGAAAGCAGGCGUGGUCAACGACCGCAGCGCCCCCAUUUUGGAGAAAUCUGGAGGAGGAGGAGGUGGUCAUGGAGGCGGAGGCCCAAUGGGAAUGGGGGGCCUUUUCCAAGGAGGUGUGCCAAAGUUGCGUCCAGUUGGAGAUGGUUCGUCGGGUGGUUCAGUGGGCAGAUCCGCCCUGAGGCCCCCGGGGUCUAGGCCCUCGGCUCCUCGUCCCCCCACAGGCCGCUCUGUCUCACCCUCCCCACCGGAGCACCAGCGCUCCCACCGGCCCUCGCUGCCCGACAUCACUCGCCCCCCCAGCACCAGCAGUAACGCCUCCUCAUCCUCUGGUGGUGGGAUGAAGCACAGCACGUCCGCCCCGCCCCCUCCUCCGCCAUUCAACAGGGGCGCCCGUGGAAAUGCCCCGCCCACCCCCAGCCAAAAGGUGUCAACGCCCUCAUCGUCGGCACAGAGCAGAGAGAAGCCCCUCCCUCCCACGCCAAACAGAGGCCCUACCCCUCCCAACACCAGUAAGCUCUCUUCAUCCUCCAGCAGACCCCCCACCAGUGGCUCGUCAGCUCCACCUCCUCCGCCGCCAUACAGGAUGCACACGGGCCUCUCCAACGGCCCCUCCCACACGGACGGGGGCGGAGCUCCAGAGCUUCCGCAGAGGCACAACUCUCUCACCAAGAAAAACACGUCAGGGGGCGGUAGCCAAGGACGCAACCACGCCCCUCCCCCUCCUCCCUCAUCAUCUCCAUCCCUACAGCAAGUCAGCAGACCGCCGCCUCCCGCCAGAGAACCCCCGAGCCGCCGAGCAGCUCCCCAGGUGCCCCUCUCCAGUGCUCGCAACGGCAACCGGGACGCUCCGCCCCCACCGCCCCCGUACCGUGGCCACAGCGCUGCGGCCUCCGAGUCUCUCAGCCGAGCGGGCAAACCUCCGCCUCCCUCCUUUUCCUCAUCGUCCUCUUCCUCAUCGUCAUCCACCUCCUCCCGCACUCCCGCCGGACCCCCUCCGCCGCCUCCCCCCAUCCGGAACGGCCAUUCCUCCAUCUCCUCCUCCAAGUCCAUCUUAGAUGAUUUUGAAUCCAAGUUUAACUUCCACCCCAUGGACGACCUUCCACCUCCAGAGGAGUACCGUCAUUUCAACAAGGUGUACCCCAGCAAGAGCAGUAAGACCUUGUUGAGAGGAGCGCCCCCAGCGCCGCCAGUGGGGAGGUGAACAGACCUCAGCUCAGGACUUGAACUCUCAUCAGCCAAGCGCGCGAGUGGUCGUCUAGUCUGGUGGGGAGGGGGUCCACAACACAAUGCACACACAACACACACAUACACAAGCCGAGCACCAGCCUAGUCAACACGACGCUACGCAGCUGUGAUGAGCUUCUGUCUUGACGUGAGACAACAGAACCACUCUGGACCACCACGUCUCCCUGCUGGCAGCAUUUGUCUUGCAUAUCGGGACCAAAAACUCUCCAAGCUUCCAUAUCUUUUUGUUUCCUGCAUGUUGGUCUUGUCUUGAUUGAUUGACUUAGUUGGGUGUCCACACAGGUGAUCAUGCAUGAAAUGUGUGUGUUCAACAGUUGUUUUUUUCUUCUUGUUUUUCAUUUCUUUUAAGCCGCCGUAUCUUCAGUGGCGGCCGAGGGUGCGCUUGGAACGACCAUGUGCCAAAAGUGGGUGGAGUUAAAUGAACGAUGCUGUCAAUGUAACUAACGAUGAUUCCUGCCAACACGUGACGGAUGCCUCGUCUGCUUGUUGGUCUCGUUGCAUUCCGAGGACGGGGGGCGGGGGUAUUUCCUGCUUUGACACCCCCUCCCCUUUUAAUUCUUAUUAAUUUAGGGGGCAUUCACAUUUCCAUCUUUAGGCGAUGUUGCACAGCGGCUAGCAGGGACGCAUGAAGCCCGUUUAUGCACUUCCGGGACACGUAACAGAAUAAGUGUCCUCACUGGUCGUGGACACAGCAGAAGCCUCUCACACUUUGAAUGCAUUCACUGGGCCGCCAUCAUAAGGGAUUGUUUUGCCACAAAGCAGAAAAUGAUCAGCUGGUUUUACUAUGCAAGAAUUUGUACACAUCAUAGUUGCUAACCAAAAAAAAAAGAGAAACACUAAAGUGCCAGAGGGUUGGAGCGGAUGGAGCUUCUUUACGUCACUUUCACUUAUCAUGAAGCAUUAAGCUUGACUCUAAAACACUAACGUCAUCCUAGUCGCACCAAGACUCAGCUGUGAAGCUAGAAAAAAAAAAAUUAAAAAACACUUUACAGGUCUUUGCCUUA